CUAGAGCUCAUGUGCCGUCAUGGAGGCACAAGAGAAUCAAGUCCCCAAGAUGAAUCCCCUAAGCAUCUCCGAAAGGUCUAUACCAAUUGAUCUCCUCAUCUCAGUAUUCUCGAGAUUGCCCGUGAAAUCCAUCGGAAGGUGCCGUUGCGUCUCCAAGCAAUGGUCUUACAUUCUCCGCCGUCGAGAUUUCACCGACUUGUACCUGAAAACAUCAUCGACUCGUCCCUGUCUCUUGUUCAACCUCAAAGUCAACGGUAAGUGUCUCUUCCUCUCCGCACCUCAGGACCAGAUCAGCUCGUCUGUUUUAGUUGCCGAUCGUCGCAUGAGUUUCCCCACUGAAGAUGCUUCUUGUGGUGUUUCACGUCCUGUCUGCGGAUUGGUCUGUAGUUUGGAUAUGAAUCCAUCGAUCUGUAACACAAGCACUGGGCAGUGCAUCACUUUACCCAAGAUGAAGAUUGCAUCAGGAGGAGGUACUGUGAAUGUCUACUUUGGAUAUGAGCCGGUCCGUAAACUGUUCAAGGUAUUGCGCAAGUCCAAGGACGACUAUCGAGUUAUGACAUUAGGAAGGGGAGAACUGUCGUGGAGAAUAGUUGAAAGUUCCGUAGCCCAUUCGUCUUUAUCUAAUGGAAUAUGCAUCAAUGGGUUUAUGUACUAUAUAGCUGUGCGCAAUGACCCUAGAUGUCUUAAACCUAUUAUGCUAGUUUGUUUUGAUAUGUCGUUAGAGAAUGUUGGGCUGUGGGUUUUAGAUGAUGCUGAAGAAGGGCGAUGGUCUUCUGCUCGGCCAUGUCUCCUUCUAACUUUUCAAGCUGAGGGUCCUUCGGUUCCUGCUGGCCCCUGCGGGUUUUGGUUCUGGUUUGUUUGCUUGAGCCAAGCAACUGCCGGAUCCGCCGUUUGUGGUUUCCACUGGUCCGGUUUGGUGUGUUUUGGCUCAGAGGACGUCGAGGCUUCUGGUUUGGUCGGAGGGGAUAGAUUCCCGGUUGUCGGAUUGCUAGGUUUGGGAUCUGACUUCUCGGAACCGGUUGUCGGACAGUUGAGUAUUCCGGGAGGAUCGUAG